AUGGCCUCGCAGGAUGUGCCGUCAUUCGCGUAUUCGGAAGCCUUCACGCCUGCGCGUCCUCGGAAGAAGCGCAACAACAGGCCUGCGAGGGACGGCCCCUCCCCGUCGGCGCUGCUCCAGCAGACAACGGACGAACUGGCCGCCACCGAGUGGACGAGAGAGUGUAGACAAAUCCUCCGCGAGUCGUUGGACGCACUGGGCUUCCGGUGCCCAAGCGUACUCUGCCUUGGCCUGGGCAGCCCGUCCGCGUCGCGUGACGCGCGCGCCCAGCUGGCCUUCCUCCUUGCCAUAUGCGACGACAUACGCAUCGACCGCGCGAAUGUAUCCGUGUACGACCCCGUCUUCGCGGCCGAGGACGUCGCGCUGCUGGCCGCGCUGGGCCGUGGCCGCUUCCGCGCGGCGGCCCCCACCGUCGCGUUCAUGCCGCAUUGCGACCUGCAGCUGUACGAGAACCUGUUACGUGAAAACUGGUCAGGCGCGGGCCCGCAUGCGGCAGCGGACGCGGACGCGGGAGCGGGCCUCUCCAACCUCGUCCUUAUCUCGAACCGCCUAAGCGACUAUGCCGAAAGCGUCCCGGCGCGGAAGAUGUCCGUCGAGCACCCUUGCGUCUGGCGUCUCGCGCCAUAUCUCGUGUCCCGCAACCUCCCGGCGUGCGCGGCGUAUCCGACGGCGUUUAACAACACAGCAGUCCAAUAUGCACGGGUCGGAGACGCAGGCGAAGAUUUCUGGGAGCUACCACCUCCGACAGACACUUCCAGAGGCGGUUCUGAUGAACAUGGAUGUGGCGUAGCGGGCGGUGGAUCAGUCUGA